AUAAAAUAUUCCGUGAGUAACGUAAAUAAUCUCUGGUCAAAGGCGUUGUUCCGAAGUCGUUAUCUCAAUCAAAAUUCGUAGAGCUGGUACAUUUUCGUAAAGAAACAUACAGCCAAACUCGUGAUACCUCAGAUGCAGUCAUGACUGAGGAGGUGAAAACAAAAGAGAAGAAACCACGUAUUGAAGUAAAAGAGAUAUCCAGCCCCGAGGAGCUAGCGACACUGCUGGAAGAGGCAGGCGAUAAGCUGGUGGUGGUCGACUUCUUCGCCGAGUGGUGUGGUCCCUGCAAGAUCAUGUCCCCACGUGUCACGGAGCUCGCUAAUGCCCACGAUGACGUCAUCUUCAUCAAGGUUAACAUUGAUGAGUGCGACGAAAUCGUCAAGAGGUACGGGAUAAGUAGCAUCCCAACGUUCGUGUUCAUAAAGGCUGGCGAGAAGUUGGACUCCCUCAUUGGAGCCAACUACGAGUUAUUAACGAAAAAGGUGGUAAAGCAUAAAACCCCUCCACCUACGGAGGAACUUUCCACAUAGUAAAAGCUCUGCACUAACUAAGUUUACUUGUUGUCUGACACACUGACUUGAAAUAUGAUGUGCUAAGUUUGAAUAACGUUGUCUUUGUAACUACCGUUUCGUACUGUUUUACGUAUAUAUAACAUCCCGACUCAAGUGUGUAGAAGUGAAAAGAAGAGUGGGUCUCGCUCGUGUUUUUUUUUUUUUUUUAAUUCUUGUUGCGCCGGCUUAAAAAAUAGACGUUAGUGGUGAUCUAUAUUUCACUGAGAACGAUAUCACAAGAAAUAGCAGCUUGACGUCCCACUAUUUUCGUGAUCUAUUUUUUAAUCGGCUGCAAGCUCUUAAAGCUGCAUUUGUCGUGGUAUGUUGGCGUUUACACAUGAUUACACCGGAAAGGCAAUAGUAUCUGUUUGGAAACGAACCGUUUGAAUAGAAUAUUGGAUUAUUGAGGCCUAUCUUAGGGAAAACAGCCUUUUCUUUGUUGAAAUGUUUAUUUACGCGGUAGCUAAUUCUCAGGGAAUAGGUCAUGAUCAUUAGAUUAUAUCUAUAUAUGAUUACAUCGCAAUGAACAUCAGGCAUGAUGCGAUUAUGGUGAAAUUUAUUUAAGUUGAAUGGAAUCUGUUACUAGUAUAAGGGAUGAAAAAUGGAUGAGAAACAUUAUUAAUACUUACAUUUCGGUGAUACAUAACUAAAUGCCAAAUUGUUAACAACCUAUCCUACCUUAUUUAAUCAUCUGCAGGCAUUAUGGCUUCUCAUACAUUGUAGAUAACGAUCUAUUUUAAAACAUCAAAAAAUGUACACAUAAUACCCCUCCCCUCUUCCACGAGUGAAAUUUAGUGUUCUUAUGUUAGUAGCAAAUUACAUUCAAAUAUUAAAAUUCUACUAGCCUACUACAAAAUAUUGCUGUCUUGUUGUGAUGCUGUUGAACAUGGAAUUUAAACAGCGAACAAAUAAACAUAUCAAAACAAAAGAUAUU